AUGGUCGUAUUGUCAGACCCCCAGACACAUUCCAAGGCACUGACCUGGAUCUUAGGGGGAGAGAUGAGGACUCCCCAGCCUGGCACAGCAGAUCGACCAGAACUAGUUGCGAACUUCCUCGGUCAGCUGGAAGAAAUACACUGGUCGCCAUUACGGACCAGACUAGAAGACUCGGGCACUUGUAGCACGCAAUAUUUGCUACUCCUUCCUAGCAUCAAGCGACUCUUCCUGACACCUUUUGCACCCACCUUUACUAUCAGCCAUCCCGUUGUUCCAGACUUUCAGAGUGGGCUACAGAGUUUGACACUCGACGCUGGUAUGAUCACGCCCGCUUUCCUACACUACAGUCUUUCUCGAUGCAAGGCCUUACAGUACUUGGACCUGGAUCUUACAGAUUGCUACGACGUAGAUGAAGAGGAUUUGACGGUGAACCUGUACGACUUUGGGAGCAUUCUCAGAGAGUUUGGACAGGCCCUUGUCGGCCUAAGGCUGAGAUUUUGCGAUUGCGAAGAGUACGCACGAGGCAAGAUUGGCUCUCUACAAGGACUUGAGCGCCUCCGACACCUUUCAGCUCCAAUAUUUGUACUUGCAGGUACACUUGAUGACGCUGUCCCGCUACAGGAAGUCUUACCUGAAUCUGUUGAGACGGUCGAGAUGGAUUUCGUUGAUGUGUGCAGGAUGGCAAAUCGUGACAUUCUGGUAAGAAUGUCUGCUGUGAACGACAGCCGGGUGAUUCGCUUUCUUGGCAACAAUGAAUUGCCCAAACUACAGGAAGUUAUAUAUGGUUGUUUUACGGACGGCAAGGAUGACAGGAUCACUAAAUUCACCAAAGUUGAGGGCUGGAGUGUCAAGAACGAGGCGCAACUACGGCACUCGUUUGCCAGAGAGCCUUAUUAUUCUUGGAGGCUUGAGCUAGUACGCGGAUGA